CGUCAUGCCGCAGCACGGGUGUGGAGCGGUUUGCAGGGAGGAAGGAGGCCGGGCCGAGAGCGUGCGGCGUCGCCUUGGCGACGGGGCCUAAUCGGCCUGGCGCUGGACGGAAUGUGGCUGCACUUUGUUCUAAAGACCAUACCCUCCCUAAGGGGAAGGAGCUUUCCACGGAAUCGAACCCAAGAGUGCCGACCAUGAGGACAUGAGCACUCGGAACCCGAUCUAGCCCUUCAGUACCUCGAGCGACCUGCACCGUUCAGUAAGAUUCUGGCUGUUCUUCAACCUCAGCUCUACCUCCGUGCGAUGGAAUUGUUCUGCCUGCUGGGACUGGGCAUUCGCGGGCUUGGCUUUACCCUUGACACUGAUGGAGAUCCUUUGAGCAGUCAGCAGUGAAGAUUACACUUGGGCUGCAAGUGUCACUGAGCGUUUGGUGCAGUUAAGCUCGUCGGUUAUGUGAUGCACUUUCUUCUGAUUAACCCGAAUUCUCGCCUCUUAAAGGCUUUAGCUCUUGUGGGAUAGCCAUCGGGAGCAAGAAUCCUGUUGGGACUUUCAUUUUUUGGAAGAGAGGCGCAAAGUUGGAUUGUUGUGCCAGGCCGAGGCCCCGAUUGAGAUCAGAGAUAUGGACUCGCUUGAAAAUCAGCUCGAGCUGCUUCUGAAGGGAGGGGGCAUCGAGAUGCGGGGCUACGACUCUCCCCUGGAAGAAGUGGUGCCGGUAACUGUGCGGAAGACAGUCUGCUAUAUCGUCGCUGCGGUCAUACUAAACGAACAGAAAGAGGUGGUGAUGAUGCAGGAGGCCAAGCAGGAAUGCUACGGCAAGUGGUACCUACCAGCGGGACGGAUGGAGCAAAAUGAAACCAUCGUCCAGGCCGUCAAGAGAGAGGUACAGGAGGAAACCGGCCUGGAGUGUGACCCGUACACCCUGCUGAGCGUGGAAGAGAGGGGCCCGCGUUGGAUCCGCUUUGUUUUCAUGGCCAGAGUCACAGGAGGAACUUUGAAGAGCACGUCAGAGAGCGAUGCUGAAUCGUUGCAGGCGAAGUGGUGGGACAGAGUGUCGCCCCUUCCACUCCGAGCCAGGGACAUCUUAAAUCUCAUCUCCAUUGCCGUGAAGUACAAGGAGAAGGCAUCUCAUCCCACCACUGUUCCUGUUGAGAUGUCCUGCCCGGUUGUCUGUCACAGGGUACUGGCGGCCUUCCUGAACAAGAGCAACGACCUCUGGCUGUUGGCCAACAACCAGGAACACCCUCACUUCCCCGUGACGGCCUGUGGCUCGUCCUCAGCCGACCUCUCGUGCAGCGUCGAAGUGGCAAUUUACAGACUGACCAAGGAGUGCCUGAGGGAAUCGCAGGUCAGGGUGAAAACGCACGGCAUUCUGAGUUUGCAGCACACCGGAUCGGUCUCUGGGAAGACUGACGGGAUCUGCUUCAACGUCUUGGUCACCAUCGCCCCGCUAGAAGGCAUGUACAGCCAGUUACCUCCAGACAUCAGCAGCGUGAAGUAUAGCUGGCACAGAAUUGACAACGACGAUUUGAAAAUUCACUUGCUGGAGAGGUUGUCGUUUUCUUCUGUUGUGCCGUUCUUGAAUUAAAAGUAUUGUGGGAAAUGAUGGAGUCGAGCAACCACUUUAAUUGUGUCGGUAAGCUUAGUCAUUCAGCUGAACACCGCGAGCAGAAGUAUCAAUUCCAGUCAUUCCCUCGAGCAAAAAGACUUGAGAUGAGAAUGGAAAGCACCGGCUCUGUUGCUCACCUUUCGAUUCGCAGCAACACUUGUCCCAAACAGAUGGACACUUUUUCACCAAACAGAACUCGAGUGAAUGCAUUAGCUGGCUCACAGCUGCACAUGAGGGCGAGCAACCAGACGGCGAGAGUGAAUGAAUGCGUAUGUGAGGGAGUGAGUGAACAUGUCCCGAUUGAACCGAUACAAGGCCAACUUGGAGUUUGUCAAUGCACUGAGUAAAUGAAUAAAUGCCUGAUGGAGCGUGUG